CGAUCCGAUAUAUUUUGUAUGAGAAUUUAUUUUCUUGAUGAGAAAGAAAGCGCGUUUUUUCUCGCAACGCUCGAAGAUAAAUUUACAUAUAUUUCGAUUUGAAAAAGAUGACAAGAUGCAGAAUUGAAGAGAACGGAUUUUUGCCCUGUAUUUCUAGCUUUGCCGACGAGAUCGAUGACAUUUUUUACGCAGAGCCUCAAUUUUCAUCUGUCAUUUUUGCGCGAGAUAACGCGAUAUUGGCAGCUCUGUCUAGCUGUCACCAGCUAUCACUGUCACAAUACAAACAUGGCGACAAUGAUGUUCAUUUAAAGAGCAGCGACGCGUUUUUACUUGCCUUUUGCUACGACGAAAUUGUAUUGUUAUCGGCGAUAACGAAGGUGCAUCAUGGGCAAUGCCGAUACAAAGUUGAAUUUCCGAAAGGCCGUCGUGCAAUUAACGUCAAAAACUCAGGUGAUUGAUUCAUCGGACGAUAUUUUCUGGGAUCAAUUCUGGUCCGAGAAUGUGACUAAUGUGCAAGACAUAUUCACUCUGAUCCCAGCUCCGGAAAUUCGUAUUUUAAGAGAAGAGGCGCCUUCUAAUUUGGCUACGUUAUGUUACAAAGCAGUUGAGAAGUUAGUUAAGGCAGUGGAUAGUAGUUGUAGGACUCAACGGGAGCAUCAAACUGUCUUGAACUGUUGCCGCUUGUUGACACGUGUAUUACCUUACGUAUUUGAAGAUCCUGAUUGGAAAGGCUUUUUCUGGUCCAGUUUACCUGGCAAAGAUGAUGAGGAGAGUUUGCCAUUGGCGCAUUCUCUGUUGAAUGCUAUCUGCGAUUUGUUGUUCUGUCCUGAUUUUACAGUAGCUGCAAAUAGGAAAUCAGGCCCGGACAAAGUCGACGAAUUGCAAUCGAUAGAUAGCUGUGAAUACAUAUGGGAAGCGGGAGUGGGUUUCGCGUAUUCACCACCGAGGCAUCCCAUUCUGGAUUCGAAUCGCACGGAAUUGCUGAAACUCUUGUUAACAUGCUUCAGCGAAACCAUGUACAAUCCGCCGAUGGAUCCAUCGAUCACGCCGAAUAAAUGGAUUCAACAUUUGACUAGCAGCGAAAACAGACACGCAUUGCCGAUGUUUACCUCGCUGUUAAAUACGGUAUGUGCGUACGAUCCCGUUGGUUAUGGGGUACCGUACAACCAUUUAUUGUUCGCCGAUUCCUUGGAACCGCUGGUCGAUGUCGCGCUGCAAAUCUUGAUUGUAACAUUGGAUCAUGAUACCACCGGCGGAGCACCAUUAGAUGAGGGGGCAGUCGGAGACAAUUUGUUCAUCAAUUAUUUGAGUCGAAUUCAUCGUGAUGAAGAUUUCCAAUUUGUCUUAAAGGGUAUUACCAGACUAUUGAACAAUCCAUUGAUGCAAACGUAUCUGCCAAACUCGACCAAGAAAGUGCAUUUUCAUCAGGAACUACUGGUUUUCUUUUGGAAGAUGUGUGAUUACAACAAGAAGUUCUUAUAUUAUGUAUUAAAGAGCUCAGACGUCCUCGAAGUUCUCGUGCCGAUUCUUUAUCAUUUAAACGAUUCACGCGCUGACCAAUCACGAGUUGGUUUGAUGCACAUUGGUGUAUUUAUUUUGCUUCUUUUGAGCGGAGAACGCAAUUUUGGAGUGAGGUUAAAUAAACCGUACACAGCUACAGUGCCUAUGGACAUUCCAGUUUUUACAGGAACGCACGCCGACCUUUUAGUUACUGUAUUCCACAAAAUUAUUACCACUGGUCAUCAGAGACUGCAACCGUUAUUCGACUGUCUGUUAACAAUUCUAGUCAAUGUUUCGCCAUACCUCAAAACCUUAUCCAUGGUGGCGAGUACAAAACUGCUGCAUCUUUUGGAGGCAUUUAGUACGCCAUGGUUCCUUUUCUCAGCAGUCACUAAUCACCACUUGGUGUUCUUUUUGCUCGAAAUCUUUAACAAUAUUAUUCAGUAUCAAUUCGAUGGGAACAGUAAUUUAGUGUACACUAUAAUACGCAAGCGGCAGGUAUUUCACGCGCUCGCAAACUUACCCAGUGAUUGCACUACGAUUGCAAAGUCUCUCAGUAAGAGACAACGUCGUCAUAUGCCUGCAAGCACGUCUAACGAGAACGUCAGUGAAACCGCGAUGGAAGGAUCGCGUCCCGCGCAACCCGCCGAACCUGGCACUUUGAAGGCGUCGCUAUUGGAGACUCCUGGUAUCGAGAAAAUGACAGAGAAAGAAUCGGCGCAUCCAUUGAGCCCGUCAGCCAAUAUCGAUAUUGGUAAAUCUGUUAGUAAUCUAUCAGAAAGCAAGACAGACAUCGCGGAGGAAUCGAUGAACGCGACCAAAAAUUCUGUAGUUCCGAAGGGUGGCAUUCGUGUGGCUGAACAAGCGAAUGCCAAUGUGGAUAACACGAAUCAAUGGGUGCCGUCCAGCGAGUGGGUAUGGCAGUGGAAGAGCAAGCUUCCGUUACAGACUAUCAUGCGACUGCUCCAAGUCCUUGUGCCGCAAGUCGAGAAGAUUUGCAUUGACAAGGGACUGACAGACGAGAGUGAGAUCUUGAAGUUCCUGCAACAUGGCACCCUGGUCGGCCUACUACCGGUGCCGCAUCCUAUUCUCAUCAGGCGGUAUCAGGCUAACGCCGGUACGACCGCAUGGUUCCGUACAUACAUGUGGGGCGUUAUAUAUCUAAGAAAUGUCGAACCUCCCAUAUGGUACGACACGGAUGUCAAGCUGUUCGAGAUUCAGAGGGUCUAGAUAGCGAGAGACGCGUUAUCAUUCGCGCUCGAAAUACUAUUUUAUUGGCAGUGCGCAGAAAGGUGAGUCUCGUCGAACUCAUUAUUGUGUACGAUACAGAGCCGUUCCUAUAAAUAUUAAUUAAAUUUUCAAGAACAAAAUAUGUGACACGCUUUUGUAUAAGAACUCGAAGAGAUAUAAAACUUCAUUUUUUCUCAUACUUUUAAAAUAAAUAAGUUAAAGUAAAGAGAUAAUUAGAAAUGUGGAAUAAAUUCUUUUGAGGUUUAAAAAAUGUAUUAUGAGACCAUUAGAAUCCUAGAAUUUCAAUUAAUUGAAAUUCAACUCAUUGCCCGUCUCUUUCGAGAUUAUUUAUUUUCGAGAUUAUUUAAGUGGUUUCAUUUAAAUAAUCUCCAAAAAAAUUUAAUGAUUUUCUCAAAUACAUUUUUAAUAAGCAAGAAACGGAAAGAAUCGAAUGUCAACUUUGAUCAAUAUUUAUGCAAAGAGACACGUAACGAGAUAAAGAGCGGUGUUGACAAAGAACGUGUUGAGUCACGUGCACGCUUCACCUCGUUUCUGAUUACUUUUUACACGGCGAGAGCCUUCAAAAUACUUUCAUCUUGAUGUAACAUACAUAAACCGCGUACAAGAUUGUAAGCGUAGUUUAAAAUCGAUAUCAUAUGAUUUAUUAUUAUUAUAUCCUGAAGACUGUAAUCUCUCAUUUGUAUCAUAGUAAUAUAUGUACCGUUAGUUAUAGUGUGGAAAAGGCGUGUGUAUAUCGUCGGUCUUAAGGAAAAAUACACUAAUUAAAUUAGACUAGCAGAGAUAAUGAGAAAAGCAUAUGCGCUGUGUGACUAUAAAUAAAAAUUUAUAUUUUAAACUUUGCUUUUACAUUUGGCAUUUUAUAUAUAUAUAUUUACAUAUACAUUUCGCUAUUAUAAAUUAUUUAUAUUUUACAUUUCUACAUUCUUUAUACUUUAUAUCAUUAAUAUUCUAAAUGGUGAGAAAUAGUUAAGAAUAUUUUUUAUAUGAUUAUUUUUUUUCAAGAAAAGAUUUUUGAUACGAUUGUUUCGUUAAGACCAGCGAUAUCGUAGGACGAUUAUCAUUAUCGGAGUCAGUUAAUCCAUCUUUCGCGACGUGUACAUGAAGCUACGCUUUACGAGGGAGAACCUUUAUUCGCGUUUUUGCACCACAUUGUCGUAUGUUCCGCUAUGUACAACUGUAAAGAUAUAAACUGAUAAGAUAGAUGCGAAGAUAACACACUUAUUUAUAAUGAAAGAGUACUUGAACACGCUUUCGCGAAAGAUAUAUUAUAUUUGUAACUAUAAGUUGAGAGAACACUUCCGGGUCUGCUCUUAUUAUAUUCACUGCAACACCACGUGGCCUUUCUUCUUUCUGUCUCCUGAGCGCGAGUUCAUUUUUAGAGGAGUGUAAGUAAUAAGAGAAGGCCCGAUGAAAGAAAAAAAAGAACGGUUUUUUUUAACUUUUUUGAAACCUUGCGUGUGGCAAAUCGACUGCAUUUUUCUUAAACUAUAACGCAAAGAACUGAUCUUAGAUCUAUUUGCUCUUCCUAGCUGCACUCUCUUAGACUUUCUACGAUUCAAGAUAAAACGAAUGUGUAUUCAGGCAUUCAGGAUGAUAAAUCCUUCAGGAAACGGCUAUGAAUACAGUUCUAAGAAAAAAAGGAAAAUAGCAAGAUAAAUAGAAGUAAAAUUCACAUUAUACAAUUUUGAUUAUUUCUUCCAUCUUUUUCAAGAUACAAAUUGAUCGAUAAUUUAUCGUUAGGAGUAGAUAAAAUCCAAAUAAAUUAUAAUAUAAAUUGGAAUUUGUUCUAAAUUUUUAGGAUUUUUAGAAAUUGCUUUCUUAUUUUUAGAUGAAAACGCGAGGUUGUUCUCAAGUGCAGUUAGAAAGGACUAUAUCUUUUGUACAUCGUAGUACAAUUAUGACUUGUAGUAACGAAAAACGUUCACAAACACGAGAUCUCACAUCAGUAUGUAUUAUAUGUACUUGCCCUUAAAUAUAUACAGAAUUAUGACAUAAAGAAUCAUUUACAUGCAUUGCAUACACACUUUCUUUCUCUCUCGCAUUCAUAGAAAAAAAGAAAUAUAUAAAAUCGUAUUACA